AUGUGCAAACACAUCCUCAACGCCCAAGUCUCCAUCCGCUCCCCCUGCUGCAGACAGUGGUUCGACUGCGCACAAUGCCACGCCGAUGCUCAAACCCACACGCUCAAACAGGCCAUGGAGAUGACCUUCGCCUGCAAGAAGUGCAAAAAGUGCUUCCGCAAGGACAUGAACGAGUUCGAUGAGAGUGACGAGUACUGCCCGCACUGUGACAACCACUUCGUCAUCGAGGCCGUGGAGCCAAAGGCGAGACUGGAAGUGGAGGGAGAGGAUGUGCGGAAAGAUGCGAGGAUGCUCAAGGACGAGCGCGUCAAGGCAAAGGAAGGCUUCAGCAUCUGGGAGGACGAGGGCGAGGCGUCAAGAUUGGGAUGA